UACUUCCGGUUUAGAGUGUCAGUGGUUCAGCUCCAACAUGGUGGCGGACGCGUGUGGGUCUGCAUGUGGAAUUAACGAUAUACACAAACAAUAAUACAUUUGGUUUGUCAUCCCAUCAGUCUUUAAGUUUAAGUUUGUAUUUCACUUCGGAAAGGAAAUAACGGAUUUGUAGAAACGCUAAUCAAAGGCAGACAUGCCACACAAAAAGAAGAAGUCGUUCAUCGACAAGAAGAGUGCGGUGUCCUUCCACCUCGUUCAUAGGAGUCAGAGGGAUCCUCUGGCAGCUGACGAGAAGGCUCCCCAGCAUGUGCUCUUACCAGCGGCGAAGGCGGAGGUCGAUAAGCGGCGUGAGGAGCAGCGAGAGUUCGGCGUGUUCUUCGACGACAACUACAACUACCUGCAGCACCUGAGGGAGGGUUCCCAGCCCACCGAGCUGGUGGCCUCCACCUUCCCCCAGAAGAGCACCAUCCCCCUGCACAUCCGAGAGGAAGACGAGGAUGGCGAGGAGGAAAUGGAAGUCCACGUCAUCCCUGCAGCAUCCAUCAACUUGCCCUCCUCAGUGUUUGCCUCAGAGUUUGAGGAGGAGGUGGGGCUUCUCAACAAAGCUGCCCCCAUAUCAGGGCCCCGGCUGGACAUGGAUCCUGACAUUGUGGCUGCUCUGGACGAUGACUUUGAUUAUGACGACCCUGAGAAUGUCCUUGAUGACGACUUCAUCGUCAAGGCCAACACAGGGCAGGCUGUAGGCGGAGAUGAAGAUGAUGACGAGUGGGAGGACACGGAUGAAGGUGAGAGCGGCGAUGGGAGCGACUGCGACUCGAUGGGCGGCCUGUCGGACGGCGACGAGGAAGGGAGACGGGAGUUCCUGUUCAUGAAGGAGGAGACGAGGAGUCGCUUCACCGAGUACUCGCUCACCUCGUCCGUCAUGCGCCGCAACGACCAGCUGACGCUGCUGGACGACCGCUUCGAGAAGUUCUAUGAACAGUUUGACGAUGACGAGAUCGGAGCGCUGGACAACGCUGAGCUGGAGGGCUUCAUCGACCCCGACAGCGUAAGACUGCGAGAGGUGCUCAACGACUACUUCAAACAGAAGGAGAAGGAUUGUCAGAAGCUGGAUGACCUCGGCCCAAAAGAGCUUCCUGCAGGAAACGAGGAAGAGGAGGACGAAGAUGAAGACCAGGGGAUGGAGACGGUCGUAGUCGAGGCUCCCGCUGAGAAGUGGGACUGUGAAACCAUCAUAAGCACGUACUCCAACCUGUACAACCGCCCUAAGAUCAUAGAGGAAGCGCCUAAGUCCAAAGCCAUUUGCGUCUCCGCCAAGACGGGCAUCCCCCUGCACGUGCUGCCGGCACGGGGGCCCACGGCGCGGCAGGUGGAACGCAUGGAGCGCAUCAACGACUCGGACCUCCCCCGCGCCGCCACACAGCUGCGCCCGCGCCACGAGAACACGGACGACCGCAAGGCCCGCAAGCAGGCAAUCAAGGAGGAGAGAAAGGAACGGAGGACGGAGAAGAAGGCAAACCAGCUGGCGUUCAAGCAGGAGAAAGCCUUGCAGGAGAAACAGAUGGUGGGGCUGAGGGCCAACGUGCAAGGCCUGAAGCUCUCCUAACAACAACAACAACAACAACAACAACAACAACAACACUGAAACCAGUCCUGCAACAGGUCCCCAUGUGCUCAUCACUGCUCAUCAAACUCAAAACUGGUUGAUUGAUUGACUGACUGCUCCUUCCCAUUCAGGAAUCAGGAGACAAGCACAUGUAAUGACUGACCUAAGAAUCGCGUCUCACCCAUAGGUUUACCGACCGAUUACUCUUUUCAUGGUCUUUUUCCAGGGAGGUGCUGGAGAGUGGUGACAUUCAUUGUAUUUAAUUUGUAUUAAACACCUUGUAUCAAAACAA